GGCUCCAUGGCGACCGCUAGAGGACCGGCGUAUCUGCUGGCAUUAGGCAGAUGGCGCCGCGGCCUCGGAAUAGCUCCCCAGUCCCGAGCGCUCGCUGCCCUCGUGCCCGGCGUAACUCAGGUAGAUAACAAGUCUGAUUUCCUGGGGAAGAGGCCCCAUCGCCGGCACCCCGGCAUCCUGCAGCUGUCGCGCGUGCGGCUGCCGCAAGUAUUGGUUGACGCCGCGCAGUUACUGCUGCUGGAGAGCUCGAUGCCCAAUAUGGAGAGGCAGGUGCAAGCACUGACCAAUUAUCUCUGGAGUCGGCAUUUACCUGUAGAGCCAGAGGAGUUGCAAAGACGGGCUGUCCAUCUUGAGAAAAAAUUCCUGGAAAACGCAGACUCAUGUCGGAUGGAAAAACUUUGUGGAGAAGUGCUGCAUGCUCUGCGUAGAACUACCUAUCAUUGGCAAGAGUUGAGCUACAAUGAGGGACUGAGCCUGGUGUAUAUGGCAGCAAGACUGGAUGGUGGCUUUGCAGCAGUCUCCAGGGCAUUCCAUGAGAUCCAAGCUCGACUUCCAGAGUUCCAGCCACAAACCUUGAUGGACUUUGGCUCAGGUACUGGCUCUGUCACCUGGGCUGCUCAUAGUACUUGGGGCCAGAGCCUACGUGAAUAUAUGUGCGUGGACAGCUCAGCAGCCAUGUUGGAAUUGGCAGAAAAGCUACUGAAAGGUGGUUCAGGAUCUGGGAUGCCUUAUGUGCCAGGUGUCUUUUUCAGGCAGUUUCUACCUGUAUCACCCAAGGUACAGUUUGAUGUGGUGGUAUCAGCCUUUUCUCUCAGUGAACUGCCCAGCAAGGCCAAGCGCACUGACGUAGUCCAAACCUUGUGGCGCAAGACAGGUCAUUUUCUGAUAUUGGUGGAGAAUGGAACAAAAGCUGGGCACUCCCUUCUCAUGGACGCCAGGGACCUGGUCCUUAACGGAAAAGAGAAGUCACCUUUGGACCCUCGACCUGGUUUUGUCUUUGCCCCGUGUCCCCAUGAACUUCCCUGUCCCCAGUUGACAGCCUCUAAGCCCCUGGCCUGUAGCUUUUCCCAGGCCUACCAUCCCACCCCCUUCAGCUGGAACAAGAAGCCAAAGGAGGAAAAGUUCUCGAUGGUAAUCCUUGCCCGAGGGUCUCCAGAGGAGGCUAAUCGCUGGCCCCGAAUCACUCAACCUGUUCUUAGACGGCCACGCCAUGUGCAUUGUCACCUGUGCUGUCCAGAUGGGCAUAUGCAGCAUGCUGUGAUCACAGCCCGCAGACAUGGCAGGGAUUUGUAUCGCUGUGCCCGUGUCAGCUCCUGGGGAGAUCGUUUACCUGUGAUCACGCCAUCUGAGCUUCCUCCAUCACCUGCUCAAGAUCCCCCUGAGAGUUGACAAGGAUGUGUAACAUGUGUUUUCUUCUAUCAUGACUGCCAAGGCUGAAGCUACCUGGUAUCCAGGAUGGGAGUGCUGGUACUUUUACAGCAAAAAACUAGUUAAAAUA